AUGCUGGAGCUGCUGAGUCAGCUGGAUGGCUUCAGUAGUGACGGCAGAAUCAAGGUGGUGGCAGCCACCAACAGAGCCGACAUCCUCGACCCCGCCCUCAUGCGCUCGGGGCGGCUGGACAGGAAGAUCACACAUCCCACAUCCCACCGAGGAGGCUCGGGCUCGCAUCCUGCAG